AUGCAGUUGGCCACCAUCGACGGCGACGCCGAUCUGACCAUCCACAACAUUUCCAUCCUGCCUUCCGAUCAGUGUGCCACGGAGGAGCAGAGAGUGAGGAUUUAUAUUAAUCAAGGGGUUUUGUUACUUAUUAUUUUAGGCAGCCAAAUGCUGUUGUGGUGAUGGUUUUUUCUACGACUUUCCACAGCGCAAAUGUUUGGUCUCGGCGAAUGUUGGGUUUAUGUUUGGGCGGGUGAACAACAACUGGCCUCAUAUGGUCGUUUACGGCUUCGUUUACCCCAUGCUGGUGCUGACUAUGGUGGCUCCAUUAAGUGCUGUUAUGCUGGGAAUGGGGAAACGAGAGAAGAGAGAAGGAGAUAGACGUUUCGUAAGUGACUACUGCUGCUAAAUACGGUACUCUUUUGAGCCGAAUCCCUUGUAUCAAAUGAUCUGGCUGUUGUGUUUUUGUGGUUGGAUCAGUCUUCUUGCUCCUCUCCCCUUUUCUGUGUGGUAUUAUGUUACGGGUAAUGGAAUCAGGAAUCUGAAUCAGUCGAUUGUCAUGUGUCAUCUUUUCCGAACCUCAAUGGAAGCCAUUCCGCAUACAAUGGACACAAUGAUGACAUUAUUUAGCGUUCUUUUAGCCGCCGCUAGGUGAGCUUUGGCAUGUGUAAUGCAAAAUUUAUUUCAUUUCUUUAGAUUUUUAACUCAAUAUCAUCGCAAUACCCUCAAAUUACGUACAGUAGAGCGUUUCUCGCGGGCCAUUUGGACUAUAAUCAUCGUGUGUGUGAUGCUGGGAACUCUUCGCUUCUUCGAACACGAGGCUGCUGUCUACACUUUUUGUAUGGGUAAGAUAACUCUUGUUCUUCAUAGUAAUUGCGGGUUUAGACACGGAACCCGGUCCCUAUUGGGCUCGUCGAUGCAUGGUCAGAGAUGGGAGUCUGAUCACUUUUAUCAAUCGAAGAUUCUGGAAGGUCUUCCUUCCUCUGGCCGACUUCUUUGUCCAAUUUGUGGUGCCCGGAGUCAUGCUCACAUUGCUGCAUAUAGGCUUCAACCGAGAGCCUAAUAUUGACAUUGAAGGAUUAAACACGCAGUAAGUCUUCCCAAGAUAUUUACAAAUACCGGGAGAUGACAUAGAGUGCAUGAGAGAUGGACUACGGUUGUAUGCCCAUAUUAUGAAUUCCUAGGUAAUUAACCUUUAUUUAGUAAUCGCUUUGGCCGCUCACCGCGAGACCAAACGCGGAUUCUGAUUUACGCUGUCACCACUGCCUUUCUGGUCGUCCAACUGCCUACAGCUAUCGUCACUACCCUUAGUCUUACAGUAACGCACUUCCAUACAAAUAAAAUUGGUGAGUCCGUUGGUGGAUAGUAAUGCUCCUUUCAAGUUGGUCUAAUUACUCUUUCCAUCGGCCAUCUUCAACCUCUUCUUUCCAUCUCCACCAUUAUGGCCAAUUGUGGGGCCUUAUUAACUGCUUAUUAUGUAAUUGUGAAAGAGGACGAUCUGGAUGUUGGGGAUUCCCAUGCUUCCAUUUCAUCCACCGACGGAGUCGACGAUUAUUUAUUAGGAGAUCGACGAAGAAGUACAAGGUACGUGGAAUUAAUAGGCAAUGAAAAUAGUAAAUGUCAUGUUUGUGACUGCCCAAACAACUUAAAAAUGUAAUCUGUUUCUCAUAUAAAUAUUUGAUGCCAUGGAGAUUAGAUCCACCCGAGGGUACAAUUACGUAACCAACAUUGUAAAUGUCUGUCAUACCGAGCGUGAAAUGACGCACUGAAAGUUGCAAUUAGGACAAAUGCUGAGGAAAAAUGUCAUGCAUUCUAUUAUAUUAUAAUUAAGCCGUUCCUGCAAAUAACCCAACUAAAAUGCAAAGACAUUCUGUUGUAAAUCUUUAUGCAUUUCCAAUUUGUUGCAGGAAUUACCUGACAGUCAGUCGGUCGUUUGAUACAAGUUCGAUGCGAUCUUUCUCCAGGAAAGGCUCUGAUUUCCCGGACGAUUUCGUGUUCCUCGUCAACGCCCCCAAUUCUCCCGCCCCGUCACAAUAA